UUCAGCUGACAAACAGAAUUAUCUGCUGUUUCUGCAUGACGAAACUGAAAAUAAUUGAUGAUUCGGUCAAAUAUAAUGAUCAAGUGACAUACUUCGACGGACCUUAGGCUGUACUUCGGUGUACGGAAUGGGGUCAAUGAAUUAUUUCUUCGAUUUGUCCAGUGGCACUUGUCGAGAGGUCGAAUAAUGGAUAGAUCAUCAAGAAUAAUGCAGGGGAAGAAGAUAGAGAAAUUACUGAGGCUUUGACUCUCGGGAAAUGUCAUGCACUACAAUGUAGAAUUCAACGUACAUUUGAGGGGUGCCCAGCAAAGGUUGUUUUCCGUUCAGGAUCUUGAAUAAUUAACGAACUACACGACUACUAGGCCACGUGUAACACCGGUGCUGCAGUGACUCUGCAACUACAGUCCUCAAAGGUCGUGACAACCAUCAAGUAUCAUAGUGUAGUGAAUAGUUCCUCAACUAUUGCUAAUUAAGAAAAAAAUUAUUCGCCUUAAUUAAUCAAUUAAGUGCCACUGCGAAUAAAUCGUUAUCUGUAAUUCAAAAAAUCGUCGAUUACGAAAUCGAUACCUCUAAUAUUUACUUUAGGAGUUCCGGGGAAAUGAACAAGUGAGAAUAACCGGUGUGAGCAUUGCAAAAGUUAGUUGGUGCGUUGUAUAUGUAUUGAAUAUAGUUUGAGGAAAGGGGUGUGAGAAAGCAGGUGGCGUCGGUGGGUCUGUCCUGGUACCUGUCCAUUCCUUCACCGGCCCUUCUUCGCUCUUCAUCGAGAGUGUGCGAUCGAUACCAAUCGGCUAUUUCACACUCGAUAUUAUUCAUCGAAUGUCUCCAUUUCCCAGCGAUUAUCGGCAAACAAGAUUUGCAAAAUGACAGCUUCAAUGAUAAAAACGUGGUUGACACGCGGAGAAUUUGAAAAGCUUGAGCAUUACGUGCUGGAGGGUAAAGGUUCGCGACUAUUGAACGAACACUCGCCAGAUCUUCGAACACGAGUUUUCCUCAAGGGACUUCCCACAUACCUGUCGAAAAUUAGUCAAGCCCAUGAGGCAGUUACCAGGGGUGCCUUGGCAGAUCUCCAGAAAGUUAUAGCUGAUGAACCAAAAAAGAAACUUGCUAUCGCUAAAGACGCCGCGGGAAUUCCACUUCUUCACAAAGCUGUUUAUCAUGAUCACCAGGAUGUUGUUGAGUGGCUACUCGAUAACUAUCCGAAUACUGCUGUCCAGAAAGAUCGGGAGGGAAGGACUGCCCUGCACUUCUGCGUCGCCUGCAAGGAUCCAGAAUCAAUCUGGGAUUUAUUAAUCGAGGGUGGCUGUGACGCCAGUGUUUCCGAUAAACGUGGAAAUCCUGCGGCUUAUUAUCUAGAACACGCAUCCCAAAUUGAAUUACCUGACGCUGAAGCCAUGGCCACUAAACCGAAUACUGCGAAAAACGAGAGUUUAGACUUCAAGCCGUCGAAUAUAAGAAUAUGGAUUCACAAUCGUGAUAUUGCGAAAUUGCAGCAAGUACUCUGGGAAGGUCACGGAUCGAAGCUGAAAUGUGAGAUCAGUAAUAAUCCACGCGUUCGGAGGUUUCUGGAAGCUACACCUUUUAUCAUGGGUACGAUAAAGCAAAUCCACAACGGCGUGGUGAAGAACGAUGUCGAGGGUUUCCUGGAGAAGAUAGCAGACCCAGUAUCUCCAGUGAUUCUCUGCAGCAAAGAUAUGAACGGUCUGAAUGUUCUCCAUAAGGCCGCAGGUCUCGGGUACAUGGACAUUGCGCGUGAAAUUCUGGAGAGAUAUCCAGCUGCAGCUCUUGCUCAGGACAAUGAUGGUAAAACUCCUCUGCAUUAUGGGGCAGCUGUUCGGGAUGGUGGAGCUAUGUACGAACUCCUAGCAGAAUAUGGAGCUGACGAGAGUAAACUGGAUAAUAGAAACAAAGCAGCAGCUUUCUACAAGAAUCGUCCGGGUGACAUAGACCUGUCGAACCUGGUGGUGAUUCCAGAGGCGCCAAGAGUAUCAGGAACAAAGUACCCGAAGCACUGGGAUUGGCGGAUCCUGGACAGCGAUGGGAUGUCCCUGCGAUCCCUGAAGAAAAUCGACACCCAAGUGGAUGUGGACAGUGCAUUCGGCAGUGCUGAGAGCGCCCUGAAGAGCGCAGCAAGCUCAGAGAAUGUCUUUGGGAUGACUGACGAGGAGGGAUUAAAGGAUGAUUUGGUAGAGCAGGAAGAGCAGCCGGAGAACGAUGAUAAUGAUGAGGGUGAAGAGGAAGAAGCUGGAGCCGGUGGAGAAGAGGAAGAAGCCCCUGCUGAUGAAGAAGAGGAAGAAGCUCCAGCUGAAGGAGAAGAGGAAGCCCCUGCUGAAGGAGAUGAUGAAGAACCCGCAGCUGAAGGAGAGGCGGAAGAAGCUGCAGCUGAAGGUGAAGAAGAAGCAGCUGCAGCUGAUGAAGAAGGAGAAGCUCCUGCCGAAGGAGAAGAUGAAGAAACUGCUGCUGAGGCAGAAGAAGAAGCUCCUGCUGAAGGAGAAGAGGAAGAGGCUGUAGCUGAAGAAGAAGAACCAGCAGCUGAUGAUGACGCUGACGUUGAAGAAGCUGACGCAGAGCCAGGAGAUGAGGAUGAAGAAAAACCAGAAGACGCAGACAGCGGUAAUAUUGAACCCAUCGACGAGGAGAACCAAGACGAUGAGAAAAACGAGCGUAGCACUGGUGAUUCCGGUGUUGACGAGUCUCGAGUCGAGGACGAUCAGGUUAUCGCUGGUGAGCAUGAAGAAGAGAUCGAGGGGGAUUUUAACGAUGUCGACAUCAUUGAGGAUCCAGAGAUUGAUCAUCUACUGGUGAAUGGUAAUAUGGAGCAACUUGCUUCGGUUGUACUCAAUGGCGAGGGCAGACGAUUGGUCAAUAGGCAAUCCUCGAAUCCUGAGCUUCAGGCGUUCAUUGAUAACGUACCGUCAUACAUUGGGAAAAUUCAUGCUGUUCAUAUUGCUGCCAGAGAGGGCAAUCUCAGGGAUCUUCAGAAUGCCUUGGAUCGACGCAAAUUUGCCAUCGCCAGGGAUGGCGCUUCCCCACAUGGAGCUACACCACUUCAUGUUGCCGUUGUUUUUGGACAUACGUCUGUUAUAAGGUACCUAGCUGGAAGGUUCCCGGAGACGACGCAUGCAGUGGAUGUGGACGGUCGGACUCCUCUCCAUUAUGCUGCAACCUUAGCAGAUAAUGGUCAUUACUACAAUCUGCUGCUGCAUCUGGGAGCCAAUCCUCUGAUCCUAGAUAACUUCGGCCAGAAAGCCGAUUUUUACAAGGAAAACCAGACCGAUCUCUCCCACAAACAAUUGCUCCGGGAUUUCGGAGCUCGUGAAGAGCUCGCCGACGAAAUGCUCACGGACAAAGUGGGUGAAGGGGACGUAUACUCAGCCCGUCGUGACGUAACGGAAGCGGACAUCCUUUCGACCCUAGAGCGUUGCUUCCGCCUGCUAGUGCCAACAAGAAGAAACUCAGUGAUAAACUCAGGAUCAUCAAGCGCCGGUACAAUUCUGGGUCGUUGCCUAAAACGUCCGAUAUUUGACCAAAUAAAGCACCGUGUGACACGCAUGGACCACAAUCUCUUUGACAUUAUUUGGCCGUCUGUUAAAAAAUAUAGCAUCAACAAUCCCAAGCAUAUAAGCUACACAAGUGCCAGUAGCCAUCGCUCUAGCAUCACAGAUAUCGAUGAUGAUUUUGAUACAGUUAUUGUAGCUCCGGAUUACGAGAGCUAUAUCGUAUUCGCUGAAUUGUUUGAUCCAUUUAUCAGAAAUCUCCAUUGUGUAACAGCAACUGGAGAUCUUCCAGAUCAGCCCCUCUCCUGUUUCUUCACAGAUGCCAACAACAGCAACGAUUAUGAGACCGUCGAGGAGGUGAUGUCGACGGUGUUGACGUCGACGAUUGAUCCUUCCGGUAAAUAUGUCCAGCUGACGACCAUCGAUGCAUGCAGAAAUCUUGAGAGUUUUACACUGCCGUUGACAUUGACGAUAAAUCAACUGGAGGAAACUGAGAAGAGGAUCACUGGUGUUCUCAUGUCACCGGAAGUGGCGAUUGUCCUGGCGGAGGGUUCAUCCGAGGACGAGGCAGGCACUUAUUACACGUUGAAUGAGAUCCUGGAGAGGCCCAGUGACAUCAGGGUGCGACUGGAGGGUGCAGGACUCCUUGGGCCCAUUCUCGAGACAGAGCAGAGUGAUGAGAAGAGACUUCAUGGAAAACACUGGCCAUAUGGACGUGGAGUUUACGUGGCAUCUGCUGGCGAUAUCGCUGUCUGGGUGAAUGUCCAGGAUCACAUAAGGAUCAUCGUCAGAAGCCAUGACUCUCAUCCUGGUAUGAUUGGCAAGGCUUACGUCAGGAUUGCCAGGGUUCUCUCGAUUUUUGACAGGCGUAUGGUCUUCAAGAGACACCCGAAACUAGGUUUUCUCAGCGCAAGACCUGCCUCCAUUGGAAAUACCAUGAGAUUCUGUUGCACCAUUAAAUUACCGGGACUCUCCAGGACCUCGGACAAUCUCAAGGAGAUGUGCAUUACCCGGGGACUCAGGGCAACGGAAACAAUGCGCAGCGAUAUUUUCAAAAUUAGCAAUCUUCAGUGCCUCACUAUCACCGAAUUGCAGACCCUUCAGGACUUCAUUCGCGCCAUUCGGAGUAUUCUCUCUCUCGAGAAGGAAAUGGUUCUUACUAAUUCGUUGAAGAUUGCUACGUUGGUCACUGGGAUAUUCAAAAAACGAAAGAACUCCAUUUUCCAAGGCUGAUUUUCCACUGGUCCCUGUUCUGUUGUUUUAUGUCUUCGUUGAGUUCUUUGUUAAAUUUUGUAUUCCGUAAUUAACGAUUUAGUGAGUUGAUGUUCUGUGGGGAUUACAUCGAGCUCAAUGACUUACGCUUAUGAUAUUACUGUGAUAAAUACCAAUGUAUUGUUUAUGGAUUUAUGAGAUUAAUAUGUUGUAGCAAUGUUGUAUUGUUGAUAAUGUUGGAAAGAUGUGUGAGCGUUUUAUUUUCUCGACGGUUUCGUUUGUGGCGCGUCGUGAUAUAUUGUUGAUGAAAUAAUGAGUAACGAGUGGCUCAACACUUAUAAAUAAAUAAAUAAACGAGAGGGUCAGGCUGCCUCGAGGGGACUGCAUGU